CACAAAUUGAAGAUAAAACUCCAUGCUACUUUCAAUUGCCAGUGGCCUGCUCUUUUCGGAGGCCAGCAGAUGGGCCACCGACAGAAGUCAGCUCCCAAGUGCUGGCAAGGAUUUGUGGAACAAAGUGGAGCUAUGCUCACUUGUUCUACUUAGCCUCUUUCUGCACAUUGUUCUCAUUGGAUUUGGGCAUGGAAUUAAGGGAAAAGCAAGUCGUUGGGUCAUACCCGUUGGUUGGCUAGCAUACUUCCUGGGAGACUGGGUUGCAACUGCUUCACUUUCUACCCUCCUAAAGCGCCAAAUAGAGAAGAUCAAUGCCAUUGAAGUGCUCUGGGCACCUUUCCUUCUCUUGCAUCUUGGCAAUGCGGAAACCAUGGCUGCUAACUACUUGGAAGAAAGUGCAUUGUGGGUAAGAUACUUGGUUGGCCUACUCAUCCAAUUUGGGAUGGCAUAUUAUGUCUACUGGAGGUUCCAAACUAGACAUACUGGGUUCAAUUUUCUAGCUACGUUGAUAUUCAUAGCUGGGAUUAUCAAGUGCGGGGAACGAAUUUGGAUUCUCAGUGUCUCAAGCUUCGAGAAUUACAAAAAAUCAGUUUUAAGAGCUCCUCCCCCUGAAAUUUCACACACGCUCGAGGGCAAAUUCGAUUUUCCUAAGCAUGAGCUACUGAUGGAUUACUUGGGAAGGGAAGGCGUAAGACCAGAAGCUGAAUAUCUCCAUCAAGCAUAUCUUUCCUUCAAGAUGUUCGUGCCCCUAUUUUCAGGCCUCAAGCUUCGGUUUUACAAAAAGUUAAAUGACAUCUUCACUUUACAGAAGUCCAUGUCCGCUAAAGAGGCCUUCAUGUUGGUAGACAUUGAACUAGAAUUCUUGUACGACAUGCUUUACACCAAGACCAGCAUCCUUAACUCUGUCACGGGUCUCAUCCUCCUCUCCAUCAGCUUACUGUCUUGCAUUUCAGGAUUUAUUGCCUUCUCAGUCUUCAUUAGCAAGCGUCCCUACCCACGUGUCGACGUUGCCAUAACUUACUUGCUGCUGGUGGUAGCUAUUAUUGCAGACACCCUUGCACUCGUUACGCAGCUAUUCUCCAAGUGGACAGUGCGCCAGUGGACCAAACCAGGCGGCAAGAAGCUUCCUAAAUGUGUUGAUCGAGUUAUUAAUCGUUGGUUAAAGCAUAGAAAGAAGGGGAAAGGAAUCACAUCCAUGGCACAAAGUAGCCUUCUAAAAUAUUGCCUAAAGUCCAAGGCAACCACGAUUAGUACAGUUGCAAAUAAACUUCGCCUGGGAAACACAGUUUUAGAGAAGUCCCUGCAUCAAUUAGAUCAGAAUUGGCGUCGUCCUGAUUGGAUAGAUGUGGACCUUGAACUGAAGGAUUUCAUUUUCCUUCAUCUUAAAGAGAAACGUACGCAAUACGAACAAAAGCAAUUUGAUUUCAAGUCACUCUCAUGUUUACUGAACGGGGGAGCUUAUGAGUUGCUACACAGCAAAGAACUCCACGAGGAGGUGGGUUGGAGCUUAAAGGAUCUAGAGUUCACCCACAGCCUCCUUAUUUGGCAUAUUGCUACGGAUAUUCUUUACUAUGAUCAACGAAGAAGGUAUCCACGAGGAAGUUUCAGUGCCCGCUGCCGAAUAAGUAAACACUUGUCCGAUUACAUGUUGUACCUCCUGGUUAAGGCUCCAUUUAUGCUUCGAAAAGGUAUUGGUGAGCUGAGAUACAGAGACACUUGCAGGGAAGCUGUCAAAUUUCUCGACCAGGAAAUGCAAAUCAAAGGCGUUCGGUUGGCUGCCACGACGCUGCUGGCUAUCGAUGCAGAGUGGCGAGGGUUCCUUUUUCAGAUGAAGGGGCAGGGGAAGUCGGUGUUCUUCGCAGGCAGUGCGCUUGCCAAAAGAUUGAGAUGGUUGUCAAGGGAAGACGAGAAGCGGAUGGAUGAAGACGAGGUAUGGGAAAUAAUCAGCUGUGUUUGGAUGGAGAUGCUGGUCUCUGCUGCCAACCAUUGCGAUUGGAAAGAUCAUACAAUGCAGCUUCGGCAUGGCAAAGAGCUGCUCACUCACGUUGCUCUUUUGAUGGCACAUCUUGGUUUGAGCAAGCACAUUCGGAUGACGGAUCUUCCACUGCAGCUUGAGGCAGAGGGGGAUAGCUACAAUCCCCCUUGGAAGUGGGCCGAACUUGACCGCCUGGCUUAUUACUUGGCCUAAUAUCAUUUCUCUUCCCUGUGUACUUAAUCUCUUGCAUAACCCUAUUUCUUUUCCCUUUUAU